AUGAGUCGGUACCGAUCUGACAGUGAUGAGAAUCGUGGACGCACCACAAGUCGAGCUACAAGCGAUGGCUUGUCCACUUUCUACAGGGAGCGAUUUGGAAGUCAUUCUCCCGAGGAAUACAUGAACUUGCGUAUAUCUGGUUUUGACGACAAACUGGAGCGAGAAGAAAUAAAGGAAAUUCUUGCCAAUGAGUUCCGAAGAUUUGCGCCAUUUGAGAUCAAAGUAGUUCGAAAUCCUGGAGAUGAGGAAAGAUUGGCCUACGUCAAUUUCGAGCGAAGAGAUUGUGCUCGGAAAGUUAGGUACACUGUAAUGGAUCGUUUGAGAAAAGUGCUCGGUCGUCGUGUCCUUUGUGAUCCUGCUGGAAUUCUUCGCGAUCAGGAAGGAAAAUAUAUUCCGGAUCGCUUCAAUCGCGCGCUUCAGGGUGAUCGUGGUGGGCGUCGUUCACCCGAACGAAGAUCGCGUCCUAAGGAACCACCUCAGUGGAGGCUGAAGGAGGAUGAUUCCGAUGCCACAAGAACCCUCUUUGUUGGAAAUAUGCCGUCUGAUAUAAGGGAAUCCGAGAUUCGCAAGGUUUUUGAAAGAUACGGCAAAAUCGAAGAUAUUGAUAUCAAAACGCCAGCAAACACCGACGCCGCUUACGCUUUUGUCAUGUUCCAGAAUCUGGAGCAAGCAAUGGAAGCAAAGCACGGCGAACAUGAUCGCUCUAUCAGACCAGGUUCUGUUCGCUGUAAAAUCGGUUACGGGAAAAGUCAGAAUGGAGCCGAAUUUGCGUACAUUCGAUUUGCGGAUACGAAUGCAGCUACCGACGCGUGCAGAGCAAUGAAGAACUUUCCACUCGGUGGCAGGGACAGAUGCAUUAUGGUUGAUUUUGCGAAGAAAAGGAGGGCCACAAAGUCGCCAGUCGGUGGGCCUCGAACACCGCCGGGAUCGCCGAAACCCGUAGUGAAAUCCUUUGAAGAACUCGAUGAGGAGUACGCAACAACUUGGCAGGGCCAGGUGAUGCUUAAGAAGACUGAAUACAGCAUCAGAUUGUAUAGGAUAGGUGGAACAGAGAGGUUAAUCCAAAAGUUGUUGCGUGAUGACGAUGGGAACGCGGUCAAGCUGCACAUUACUCAAAGGCUAGCACUGUCAGGUCAGGAAGGACUCUUGGAGAGGUUGAUGAAUUCUUCUAGUAAACAGCUGAGUCUCAUGAUAGCAGUUGGAAAGCAAAUGGAUGACAUUAGGCCGUUGGUACGAUAUCUUACAGAUAAGGACGCUGCAGGUGUUGUCACUGUGACUGGGGGACUUCUGUAUAUAUUUCCACACAGCGACAUGGCUUCUAAGCUAAUGACUCACUUUGCCCCAACUGUGCGAAUAAUGUCUGAAGGCUGUCCAUUUCUAUUCUUUGUUCUUGGACUGAAAACAUCGUCAGCUGCUACUUCGCCUGAUCGUUGA